AUGUCUUCCUUGCACAGCUGGUAUUACGUCUUUAAUUAUGUGUUUGUUUCUGCUGUCACUUCCGAUGACGAGAUCCAACGGUUGAACCGGUAAUAUAAAAGAACGGUAGAUCUUCGAUGUCAUCAGUUUGAGUUAUGUUAAAUUGUCCUACUAGACUGUAAAUUUUCGGCGUUUUGUUGACGUAUUGGAAGACCUGAUUAAUAUUCCCUUUCAUCGCAGAAUAAGUGUAAAGGCUAUUGGUCCCACUUUCUCUUUGCGAUAUUUCCUGUGGAUUUAAAUACAGCCGUGUAAUUGAUCAUAUAUUUGCGUAUAUAUUCAGCUUUUGACAUAAUAUAUUUUUAGCAUUUCCCGACUGCAUCAGCGGAGUCCCUCUCUUCCGCAAUCUGCAACACCUUUCACUGUUGCUUCUAUUAUAUAAUUGAAGAACCCAACAAACUAGACGCCUCAGGGCCGGAACUGUCCCUGUCUUGUGAACCCUGGCUCCAUCUUCCGUGACCCUGGCCCCCAUUCUGAACGGUGUCGUCUCCCAAGAGAGCCUCGGCCUCCAGCCGGCGUUCCAGUCCACCGCGCUAAGUCCAGGCAACGGCUCGGCCAGCUCGGUGUUGUCUCACGCCUCAACGUCUUCUUCGUCCGGCAUUUCCUCGCUGAAUUCGUCGAUAAAUUCGAUCGGGAAGGGACUCAACCUGGAUUCGUCAACUUUCGAUCGUUCCCCGGCCUUCGGGAGCAACGAUUUGUUGUUCUCGAGCUUCCGGUGAGUUCAUGUUUGAUAUGAAAACCAGCGGCAGAGGCCUGGAACAAGACAACGGUCUCUUAUCCCACGUAUAAAGUUAUAUUUAAUGAUCAAUUUUCAGGCCAUCGACCAGUAAAUUGUCGGAUUAUUUGGAUGACAAAAGCGGGAUCCUUCCUCUCCAGAAUGGCCUAGUAAACAACAGCCCCUUGGGCAGUCAUAUGGGAAGUUUGCCAGUCCCCCAAACACCUUCCUCCUGUGGCGAUAACAUCCAGCCAAGGCAACGUAUGUCCUUUCUUGUCAAGAAAUUUAAGUUAAAAUUACUCUAACAACUACAAUUCAACAGUCUUUACAAUGUAAAUCUAUUUUCAGGUAGAAAAGUGCCUGAGGGGGAAUUGUGUGCGGUCUGUUCGGAUCGAGCAACGGGAUAUCACUAUGGAGUAGCCAGUUGUAACGGCUGUAAGACCUUCUUCAGACGGACGAUCGUUUCCGAACAUACGUUUGUCUGUCAAUACAAUGGCAAAUGUGACGUUAACAAAAGUAAGUCCAUCUAUGGUGAUAAAAACCAUGUGCUCUGAAUAACUUGGAAAGACCCUCUGGACUUUCCGGGAUGCCUUUACCUUUACGUUUUCUUGCGCAAGUUUUGCGACCAGGGGUGGUCAGCGGACCCUAUUUUUCCGAUUUUCGGCCUGCGGCCCGGCCCGUCUAAUUACCGGCCCGGCCCGGCCCGUCUAGUCUUUUUCCAGGCCCGGCCCGGCCCGUGACGGGCCUGGCCCGGCCCGUGCAGGCCCGUUUAUAGAGGGUUCUGCGAACUGCGCCCAAGCUUGGGAUCUAAACUUAGGCAAAAAAGGCGUUGAUAUAGCUAGUAAAGGAUCAAUGUGAUAGUUUUGUGGUUUUAUAAUGGAACUAUAGACUUGUAAACGUUUUAGAACUUGAGAAACAGCAACUAUAACAACAUCAAUUAAUUUUCCCGGCGCGAAAACAAUGAAUGCCAACGGUUUGGCAUUGUAAUUUAGACGGGCCGGGCCGGAAAAACCCCCAGGCCCGCGGCCCGGCCCGGCCCGUGACGGGCCCGGCCCGUUUGUAAUUUUCCAUUUUUGAGCCCGGCCGGCCCGUUUGGCCGGCCCGUCACGGGCCGGCCCGGCCCACUGACCACCCCUGUUUGCGACUUCGAGUUACUGUCCAGACUUGACUCGUUCUCCCUCUCGGGUCAAGUCUCACUCUCUUGACACUCAUUUUUUUCCAUCGACAAAUUUCAUUUCUGAUCGGUAAUUUCAACGUUUCUUACCUUCCAGAUGUCCGUUGUGCAUGUCGUCAUUGUCGUUUCAACAAGUGUGUGGCCGUUGGAAUGGAUGCCCGUGCCAUUCAAAAUGACCGCGAUCGGAUUGGCCCCACCAAAAAGAUGAGGAUGAUGAAGAGAAACAGCUCCGCCGAGGACGAUCGCUAUUCCAUGGGCUCGAUGUCGCCGAUUAUGAAAGCUGGCGACGACAAGAUAAUUGAAUAUUUACAUUCCGCGGAGAAGAUGUGCAAUCUUCUUCGGACCAAAGAAUUAGUUCAGCCGAAGAAUGUGAAGGAAGCUCUGCAGACGCAGAGUCUAUUAUUACAGGCGAAUAGUCUUCAAGUGGAUGUAAGUUCUCGUUUUGUUGUGAUUGAUAUUGGUGUUUAGGUAUACACGGUCUUCCAAGAGCUGUAUCCAGCAUCGAUGGUGGACAUUCAGAAAUGGAAUAUCCGAGAGCUCGUAUUGUGCAUUGAAUGGGCCAAGUCUUUCGAAGAGUUUGUCAAAUUGGCCGAGAGUGAUCAGGUAAGAGACCUUCCUUUAAAAUUAGUCGGUUUUAUCUUUUUUAUAUUAUUCUUUACAUUUCUUUUCAGUAUUAUUUGAUGAGGAACUUUGCCUUCACCUUCAACAUUCUCAAUCGCGUUUACUACUCGCUGGAUUACGGGCCGGACAAGAUUGUUUAUCCGAAUGGUGCUUAUAUUCUCCGCCAGUCCCAGGAUUCCCUCAAGAUCCCAGGUUGUCGCUCGAUAUAUCACAGACAAAUGGACGAAAUCAUGAUUCCGUUGAGGAAGUUGGAGAUCGGAAUCCCUGAAUUCGCCGCUUUCAAGGCUUGUCUUCUCUUCAAUCCAGAUGCUUUGGAACUGGGAUUGGAUGUGAAAGAAGAUGUGGCCAGGGAAAGGACCAAGUAUUUGAAUGCCCUUUUCCAUAUCCUGACGCAACGACAUGGAUUGGCCCUAGGGGCGCAGAAAUACGGACAGAUGUUGAUUAUGAGCAGUAGCAUUCAGGUGCGUCUUUUUUGCAUUUUAUUUUGUGUUAAUUUAGGUAACUUUUAAUUUAUUUUGAUGAAAUUCUAAAUUUAAUCCGUUUCCAGAACAUUGUCGAUACCAACGAUGAAAACAUGCAGAUCAUGGAUGUGUUUGGUAACUUCUGGAGGAUCAACGCGUUCGUCAAGGAGCUCUGCAUGAAAUAG